CCGCAUCCCCCUGGUUGGAAUACAAAUCAUUAUCCAUCUACCUCACUUUACCUACGGACGGCUACAACACGGCACCAAUAUGGGUGAAUGCUGUAUGUCGGCUGAAGAAUUGGAGAGAAAUAAGAUACAUCAGGAGAUUGAGAGACAGCUUCGCCGGGACAAGAGAGAAUCUCACCGCGAGAUAAAGUUGUUGCUUUUAGGGACUGGUGAGAGUGGCAAGAGCACCUUCAUCAAGCAGAUGAGGAUCAUCCAUGGGACGGGCUACUCCGAGGAGGACAAACGAGGCUUCACCAAGCUGGUGUACGGGAACAUCGUCAUUGCUGUUCAGAAAAUGAUCCAAGCCAUGAAGACCCUACGGAUUGAUUUCAAAGAUCACCAGAACAUUAGCCAUGCAGACAAGCUGAGCAGGGUGGAGGCAGACAUAUUGACCAACCUGGAACCAUGGCAGGUGGAUGGCAUCAGAAGACUGUGGAGUGACCAGGGCAUGCAGAAGUGCUACGAGCGCAGGAGGGAGUACCAGCUCUCUGACUCUACCAAAUAUUACCUGAGUGACCUGGACAGAAUCGCUGCGCCCUCAUACCUCCCCACUCUGCAGGAUAUCCUCAGGGUCAGGGUCCCUACCACUGGCAUCAUAGAGUACCCCUUUGACCUCAAGACUGUCAUCUUCAGGAUGGUGGAUGUUGGAGGUCAAAGGUCAGAGAGGAGGAAGUGGAUCCACUGUUUUGAGAGGGUCACCUCCAUCAUCUUCCUGGUGGCUCUCAGCGAGUACGACCAGGUUCUCUAUGAGAGCGCCAAUGUGAAUCGAUUAGAGGAGAGCAAAGCCCUGUUUACAACCAUCGUCACCUAUCCCUGGUUCCAGGAGUCCUCCAUCAUCCUCUUCCUCAACAAAACAGACCUCCUAGCAGACAAGGUCUUACACUCCAACUUAGCAGACUACUUCUCAACGUUCACUGGUCCACAGAGAGAUGCAGAGUCUGCUAAGAUGUUCAUCCUGAACAUGUACAAAGAGCAGCACAUAGGGCGUCACAAAUCUCUGUACAACCACUUCACCUGUGCUACCGAUACAGAGAACAUCAGAGUUGUCUCCAAAGCUGUCAGGGACACAGUCUUCCAAGAAAACCUGGAUCGGUUCGGGUUAGGGGUUUAGGACUAGUGUGGUCACGGUUAUAUGGUACAAACAUGUUAUUUUAGUUUGGGGUUACAGUUUUGCUACAGAAUAACUGUGGUCGUGAAUAACACACUUUCUUACUAUAGCAGAACUUCAGAAACACACUUUCUUACUAUAGCAGAACUUCAGAAACACACUUUCUUACUAUAGCAGAACUUCAGAAACACACUUUCUUACUAUAGCAGAACUUCAGAAACACACUUUCUUACUAUAGCAGGACUUCAGAAACACACUUUCUUACUAUAGCAGGACUUCAGAAACACACUUUCUUACUAUAGCAGGACUUCAGAAACACACUUUCUUACUAUAGCAGGACUUCAGAAACACACUUUCUUACUAUAGCAGAACUUCAGAAACAUUGUGAUUUACACUGCCGUUCAAAAGUUUGGGGUCACUUAGAAAUGUCCUUGUUUUUUAAAGAAAAGCACAUUUUUUGUCCAUUAAAAUAACAUACAAUUAUUGUGAAUCUAAUGUACUUGUCCUCUUGCUCAGAGUUGACAUUGAGAACUCUCCAUAGAGACUGGUGUUUUGCGGGUCAACAGUGAAGCGGCGAUUCUGGGAUGCUGGCCUUCUAGGCAGAGUUGCAAAGAAAAAGCCAUAUCUCAGACUGGCCAAUAAAAAUGCAAAAUUAAGAUGGGCAAAAGAACACAGACACUGGACAGAGGAACUCCUGGAACUGCCUAGAAGACCAGCAUCCCGGAGUCACUGUUGAUGUUGAGACUGGUGUUUUGCGGUUACUAUCUAAUGAAGCUGCCAGUUGAGGACUUGUGAGGCGUCUGUUUCUCAAACUAGACACUGUCAUGUACUUGUCCUCUUGCUCAGUUGUGCACCGGGGCCUCCCACUCCUCUUUCUAUUCUGGUUAGAGCCAGUUUGCGCUCUUCUGUGAAGGGAGUGGUAUACUGCGUUGCACAAGAUAUUCAGUUUCUUGGCAAUUUCUCACAUGGAAUAGCCUUAAUUUCUCAGAACAAGAAUAGACUGACGAGUUUCAGAAAAAAGUGCUUUAUUUCUGGCCAUUUUGAGCCUGUAAUCGAACCCACAAAUGCUGAUGCUCCAGAUACUCAACUAGUCUAAAGAAGGCCCGUUGUAUUGCCUCUUUAAUCAGCAUAACAGUUUUCAGCUGUGCUAACAUAAUUGCAAAAGGGUUUUCUAAUGAUCAAUUAGCUUUUUAAAAUGAUAAACUUGGAUUGGAUAAAGUAAUCCUUCUCCCCCCCCCCCCCUUAAAA